AUGGCAUAUUACCGAGCCAAUUACUUGAGUGAUACAUAUGCUGUUUCGCCACCGAUUCCUAAUUUGCAAAAGAGACAAGUUGGGGUCGCUCUAGACUAUUCAAAGGUCGAUGACCUCGGGCGACCACAAGUAGUGUAUUCGUGGAACAGGUUGAUCCAUCAAAAAGACUUAGCGACAAAGACCAAUUACGUUGAACCUAAAUAUGAACCGAGGCUCUCGUCUUCUGAUGUUCUGAAAUUAUCGGCUGCCCAACAAACAACAAAGGCUUAUAAGGAUGGUCUUGAGUAUGUGAAAGCAGAAGAAGAUUAUCGUAAGAAACAGAAGUAUCUUGAUUCGAUUACUCCAAGUCGACAAGGGAGUGCAUUGACCAUUGGAACGCAAAAUUCCCUUUCAGGAUUACCGAUUCCUGAUGAAUCAGGGCAUGUGUAUUCCUAUCCAGCAUCAGUGACUUCCCAAACAGGCUUAAUGUUUCAGGCACCACCGAAUGGAAAUGAGAUACCGGCGCAACCACGCAAUGUAAACAGUGUUCCUGUAGAGCCAGUCAUCCUGACUCGAGAAACAGAGAUACGAAGAGAUGCAGUUGGAAAUGACCGUGUCAAUCAUGCGACUGGCAUUGCAGUUUCACUGCCAGCGCAUCUAAUGGCUGAUAGUUACAUUCCACCUAUUCCAGGAGGAUUUCCUGGGUCGACUCAACAGAUACAUGUGGAAUCUCCUCAAAUCGAUGCCUCCGUGGAAACAAUGCCUCGUAGCGCAACAAUUCCACAUGAUACAGUACUUCUGAAUGACCGCCAUGAUCCAUCUGGUGUAGCGGAUGUUUUAGAGAGAAACUCCAUCAAUGAUCAGUUUGUCUCGGUACCUGCAAGAACACCAUUUCACUUCAAAGGUAAGGAAGCAACCAUAUUAGCAGGUUCUAAAAGGAAAGCAAAUGCACCCCCGCCGAUUCCUAGAGGGAAUAAAAAGAAGCAAAAAACAGGAGGAGCGGAGCAUGAUGCGAUAGAGCCAGUAACUCCUCCAGCAACACCUGUUGCUCCACAUCCUCCGGAUGUGAUUUUUGCUGGGGUUGCUCCUCAUGGUACAAAAAGAAGACAGUAUAAACAACCAGAUGAUAAGCAGACGGUAAAAAGACGGAGAAUUGCCGAUCAUGUAGAGGAGCCUCCUCUAGAGGAGAUAGUGUUGCAAAAUCCUGAAGAAGUCGAGAGGUCUGUACGUGCUUCCCGCAGGAGAAGGGUAAAUGUUGAUCCAGUCUUAGCACCGACGGCACUUAACCCUCCAACGCUAGUACCGCUAACCGCAGACUUGGGAAGCGAAGUACGUCCUCUCGCUUGUCUAAGAGGACAACGUGAAGCGGAAUAUGUUGUCCCUCCUGCACAAACACAAUCGACACUGCGUGUGGAACCUACAGUUCGAAGUAGAAGAAGAAAAGGUGCAGAGGAUGUCACACUUCCACCGAGGAAGAAACAGAAGAUAGUGUAA